GUUCCUUCCACCAUCCAUUCAUUCACCUUUUCUUCCAUUGUAUUUGAGAUCAGUAGGAGAUCACCAAUGUCGGCCUCCGGCGAGUCUCCGUCCGCCGCCGUGAGCAGUGGCGGAAGCUGCGGCGGCGGCGGUGGGGUGGGAGAGUUUAUGUUGUUUGGGGUGAGAGUGAAAGUCGAUCCCAUGAGGAAGUGCGUCAGUAUGAAUAACCUAUCUGAAUAUGAGCCUGUUAGUAACACUAGCAAUCCGAGUGACAACAGUGGGACUGAGUUGCCGAAGGCGGCGGCGGAGGGUGGUGUAGCCGCCGGCUACGCAUCCGCUGAUGACGCAGUCCCGCAACCGUCGAACGGGAGUCGCGAGCGUAAGCGAGGAGUUCCAUGGACAGAGGAAGAGCACAAGCUAUUUCUGCUUGGAUUGCAGAAGGUGGGGAAAGGAGACUGGAGAGGAAUCUCUAGAAAUUAUGUAAAGACUCGCACACCAACCCAAGUUGCUAGCCAUGCUCAGAAAUACUUCCUCCGCCGGAGUAACCUUAAUCGUCGCCGUCGUCGUUCUAGCCUCUUUGACAUCACCACUGAUUCUGUUACUGCAUUGCCAAUGGAAGAGGGCAAAUAUCAGAAAGACAGCUCUACUCCGCCAGCCCUUCAGCCAACCACCAUGCCUCUGCCUGUAAAUUCCAAUAUCAAUGGAUUCUCGGUUAUGCCCUUCCCGGCGACUGGUGGCCCUGUUCUAUUACCAAUGCAAGGUGUGAAUCCUAUGGAAAACCUGAUACAAAAUGACCGAGUGAACAAUCCAUCAGCACUGCUUGUUCAUCCAGUUCCUAUCCUUCCUAUGCCGACUUCCUCAACAAUGGUGGAUCUUAACUUAAACCAUCAAGUGCCUCUUGACCCAUCACCAUUGUCUUUGAGGCUGUCAUUGUCAUCAGGUCACGAUCAGUCAUCAAGAAGGGACUUAUCUUUCCAGGUGUUCUCAAGCUUCAAGAAUGGAGAUAGCAUCAUCAGUGUUGCUUGAGGAAGAAAUCUUGAAAAUGAAUAAAACCCGAAAAAAGAGGGUCCAUCAUCACUAGAGAGAUUUAAUUAAGAAAAUAGAGAUAUUAGAUUAUGAAAUAUAGAAUUAGACAAUUAGCUUGACUAAAAAUUCCAUCUAUGCAUUGUACAGACCGGAGAAAUAUCAUGCAUGCUGUGUUGUUCUCCUUGUUUUAUGCUAGAAUUUCAGAUUCUUGCUUGUUUUUUGUCUCUUUGCCCUCUGUGGUUGGCAAUAAAAAUAGAUGAAUUAUUUAUGCCCUCU